AGGCGGGGUGGGGCUCGCCGUCAUCCAUUUACCAGCCUGGCCCCUCCGACGGGCGUGCAGUUAAUGAGAUUAGCAAUUAAAAAGCGGCCGGGCGUCUGCGGCGCUGGCCACCCCCAAGCUGAGCCGGGGCAGGACGGCGCUCCUGGCGGCCGCGCACCGAAACAGACGUGCGGGCGCCGGGGCGGGAAGCCAGCGCGCGAGCUGGGGGCCAUGGAGAAAGCGCGGCCGCUGUGGGCCAACCCGCUGCAGUUCGUGUUCGCCUGCAUCUCGUACGCCGUGGGCCUGGGCAAUGUGUGGCGCUUCCCCUACCUGUGCCAGAUGUACGGCGGAGGGAGUUUCCUGGUGCCCUACCUCAUCAUGCUCGUCGUGGAGGGAAUGCCGCUCCUGUACCUGGAGCUGGCGGUCGGACAGCGCAUGCGCCAGGGCAGCAUCGGCGCCUGGCGGAGCAUCAGCCCCUACCUGAGCGGCGUCGGCGUGGCCAGCGUGGUGGUCUCCUUCUUCCUGUCCAUGUACUACAACGUCAUCAACGCCUGGGCCUUCUGGUACCUGUUCCACUCCUUCCAGGACCCCCUGCCGUGGUCUCACUGCCCGCUGAACAGCAACCACACCGGCUACGACGAGGAGUGUGAGCUGGCCUCGUCGACGCAGUACUUCUGGUACCGGAAGACCCUCAACAUCUCGCCGUCCAUCCAGGAGAGCGGCAGCGUGCAGUGGGAGCCGGCGCUGUGCCUCGUGCUGGCCUGGCUCGCGGUGUACCUGUGCAUCCUACGGGGCACCGCGUCCACCGGCAAGGUGGUGUAUUUCACAGCGUCGCUGCCCUACUGCGUGCUCAUCAUCUACCUGGUCAGGGGCCUCACGCUCCACGGAGCCACCAACGGCCUGGCGUACAUGUUCACCCCCAAGAUGGAGCAGCUGGCCAACCCCAAGGCCUGGAUCAACGCGGCCACCCAGAUCUUCUUCUCGCUCGGCCUGGGGUUCGGCAGCCUGAUCGCCUUCGCCAGCUACAACGAGCCCUCCAGCAACUGCCAGAGGCACGCGGUCGUGGUGUCGCUCAUCAACAGUGCCACCUCCAUAUUCGCCAGCGUGGUCACCUUCUCCAUCUACGGCUUCAAGGCCACCUUCAACUACGAGAGCUGCUUGAACAAGGUGAUUCUGCUGCUGACCAACGCUUUCGACCUGGAAGACGGCUUCCUGACAGCCAGCAACCUGGAGCAGGUGAAGGGCUACCUGGCGUCCACCUACCCCAGCCAGUACAACGAGGUGUUCCCACAGAUCAAAAACUGCAGCCUGGAGGCAGAGCUGGACACGGCGGUCCAGGGCACGGGCCUGGCUUUCAUCGUCUACACCGAGGCCAUCAAGAACAUGGAGGUGUCCCAGCUGUGGUCGGUGCUGUACUUCUUCAUGCUGCUCAUGCUGGGCAUCGGGAGCAUGCUGGGCAACACGGCCGCCAUCCUCACCCCGCUGACCGACAGCAAGGCCAUCUCCCGCCGCCUGCCCAAGGAGGCCAUCUCAGGUCUGCUGUGCCUCGUCAGCUGCGUCAUCGGCAUGGUGUUCACCACGGAGGCCGGCAACUACUGGUUCGACAUCUUCAAUGACUAUGCGGCCACGCUGUCCCUGCUGCUCAUCGUCCUGGUGGAGAUCGGGGCCGUGUGCUACGUGUACGGGCUGAGGAGAUUUGCAAGUGACCUGCAGGCCAUGACCGGCCGCCCCCUGAACUGGUACUGGAAGGUCAUGUGGGCCGGCGUGAGCCCGCUGAUCAUCAUCAGCCUCCUGCUCUUCUACCUGAGCGACUACAUCCUCACGGGGACCCUGCGGUACCAAGCCUGGGACGCCUCCCAGGGCCAGCUCGUGACCAAGGACUACCCCACGUACGCGCUGGUGGUCAUCGGGCUGCUGGUGGCCUCCUCCACCAUGUGCAUCCCCCUGGUGGCCCUGGCGGCCUUCAUCCUGCGCUGCCUCAAGCGGGGAGGGGGCACGACCUCCGAGGUCUGAGAGCCGGGCCCCCGGAGGAGGCCUCGUCCAGGGCUGGUCUCCCAGCUGCUCUUUCCGGAUGGCUCGGCCUCGGCUGCUGCUGCUGCCAGUGUCGGCUUCGGAAGCUCCCGGCCCUCCUCUUCCGGAGCCCGGAAGGAAGAGUCGGGAAGUGCAGAGGAAGGAGGUGCCCCUGGGAACCGGCACCCUGCCCCUGCAGUGGCCCCUCCAGCCGCCGCCUCCCCCCAGGGCCAUACAGACUGCCUCCUUGUCACCGCAGAGGCAGGCUCUUCAAGGCCAGUCGUAACGACAGUUGCUCGCUCGGUUCUAGGAACGUCCUGGAAGUAGAGCACAGUGAGCUCAAACGUGACUGUGAUUUUUAUGGGACAAUGUGUAAGCCGUGGUUUCCCCCAAAGAGGUCCCCAAACGCGAGAGGGCCACCGUCUCCACACCGGCCUGAAAAGGAGUUUUCUACGAGCCUGGGAGGAUGGAUCCAAACGUCUCGGGCUCAGACUCAGUCCUCUCUGUCUCAGUGAUGGUGCAUUUGCUGCGCCCGCCUUCGCCACUGGCCUGACUGGCCGUAAACAAGCCCUUGGUUUGGGACUCGCAAAAUUGAAAUUUCUGCAAGCUGAGGGCCCUCACGGCAGGUCCAGGAGCAGUCCUCUCGACAAGACGUACCCCAGCUCAGUGCCAGCGCGGCUGGGACGGCGGGAGUCCACCUGACGCUGUGGUAUUGGGGUGCGACGGCCAGGAAAGACCAAGAACACUACUUACAAUCCAUUUAAAGUUAUUUAUCUGUAUAUAAGUUUUCUAAAAUGUAUAUAACUCAAACAGAGCAUCUUGUAACUGAAGACACCAUAUUUAUGAUAAAGUUUGGUCCACCACG